GCCAGACAUGGAGGCCGUCCCUCUGGUCAGAUCCAGCCUCUUGGGGAUUCUGCUGCUGGUGGUGAAGCUCUCAGUGCUGCUGGUCCAGAACCGGGUCCACCUCUACAAUCUCCUGCUCCUCAAGAUUCUCCUCUUCAACCACUGGCUGUCGGGGCUGGGUCAUGAGGCUUGGGGGUCCCGCGGCCGCCAGGCCCAUCCAGCCCCCGGGGUUGCCGCCUGCCCCCUGGGCCGGGCCCUGCAGGCGGGGUGGGGACUGCUAGGCGUCCCCAUGUGGCUGGGGCUGCGGGCGCCCCGGCUGGUGUGGGCGGGCGUGCAGCGCUGGGCCCGGGCCUUGGGCCUGUCUGCGGCCACCGGCACGGAGCUGCUUCUGUCCUGCCUGCACAGCCUGAUGCUGGCGGGCUUGCUGCUGUUGCUGCUGACCUGGAGGCUAUGCCGGAGGGCCCGUCGCUGCAUCCUGGCCGGGCUGCUCAGCAAGGCGCUGCUGGACAACCGAGUGGUGCCGGAGCUCCGAGCCCUGCUGAGGCGUCUGUACUGGUGGGUGGAGACCCCAACAGCGCUCACCUGGCACCUGGCCUAUCUCAUCACCUGGACCACUUGCCUUGCCUCCCACCUGCUGCAAGCUGCCUUUGAGCACACAGCCCAGCUGGCCCAGGCCCAGGAAGCUGAGCCCCCGCAGGGCUCAGGACCCUCGUCCACGUCCCCCCUCCCCGAGCCCCUGGGCCCCAAGGCUGGGCCAGCUCUGCCGGAGCAUGGGACCCCUGCAGAAUAAGUGUGUCCCCAUUUGCCUUUCUGGACCUGGUGUAGCCUGGGGUCUCGCUCUGUGUCCCUCUUCCCUACUGGUGUGCGUGUGCAUGUGCGUGUGCGUGUGUGUGUGUGUUCAUGUGUGCCCUAGGGCUGCCUCUGGGAAGGAAAUCAUAUUUCGUGGGCCCUGGAUCUGUGCCAGGUAACCCUCUCAGACACUUUACGUACGUAACUUUGUUUAAAUCUCAUAGCAUUACAGGUUGCGGGUUUGAUUAGCUCCAUUUUCCAGAUGAGAAAAUUGAGCCUCAGAAGGUUGAACAUUC